AUGCCAGUUGUAAAGUGCCCAUUCCCAGACUGCACUUAUGAGACAGAAGAUGUGGCAGAUACCAUUGUCAACACACUAUUGACAAUACAUGCACAAAGCCAUAAUGCCACUUCCUCUCAGUCAUCUACAAAGGUCAAAACUGACAAGAUUCGUUGCCCCACAAUAUCUACAGCUGGUACUAGUGAAGAUUGGACUUACUUUCUGACAAGAUGGAAAGAAUAUACCAUAGCAACCAAAAUUACUGGCCAAGAUCGUGUAAUACAAUUACUGGUAUGCUGUGAUGAAACUCUUAGGAAAAAUAUCACCCGCUCAGCUGGUGGAACUCUUACAAACAAAAGUGAAGAAAAGGUACUAUCUGCUAUCAAGAGACUGGCAGUACGUGAAGAAAAUCCCAUGGUUGCCCGAGUCAUUCUACAUGAGAUGCGGCAGGACAGAGAAGAACCAAUUCGUCAGUUUGGGGCAAGAAUCAAAGGUCAAGCUAGCAUUUGUAAAUUUACACUUAAAUGCCCUAACUGUGAAACAGAUGUAGAUUACACAGACUGCAUAUUAAGGGACAUUUUAAGUCGUGGCAUAGCCGAUAAUGAAAUCCAGCUAGACCUGCUUGGAAAUAUGAACCAGAACAUGGACCUUGAAGAUGUGUUCAGAUUUAUUGAAUCUAAAGAAUCUGGGAAACGUUCAUCAGCGACAUUAAAUGCUUCCGAAGGUGCCCAUGCCACUAGCUCGUACAGACGCGCUCAAAGGUGGAAAGAAUAUACCAUAGCAACCAAAAUUACUGGCCAAGAUCGUGUAAUACAAUUACUGGAAUGCUGUGAUGAAACUCUUAGGAAAAAUAUCACCCGCUCAGCUGGUGGAACUCUUACAAACAAAAGUGAAGAAGAGGUACUAUCUGCUAUCAAGAGACUGGCAGUACGUGAAGAAAAUCCCAUGGUUGCCCGAGUCAUUCUACAUGAGAUGCGGCAGGACAGAGAAGAACCAAUUCGUCAGUUUGGGGCAAGAAUCAAAGGUCAAGCUAGCAUUUGUAAAUUUACACUUAAAUGCCCUAACUGUGAAACAGAUGUAGAUUACACAGAUUGCAUAUUAAGGGACAUUUUAAGUCGUGGCAUAGCCGAUAAUGAAAUCCAGCUAGACCUGCUUGGAAAUAUGAACCAGAACAUGGACCUUGAAGAUGUGUUCAGAUUUAUUGAAUCUAAAGAAUCUGGGAAACGUUCAUCAGCGACAUUAAAUGCUUCCGAAGGUGCCCAUGCCACUAGCUCGUACAGACGCGCUCAAAGGUAUGCAAAGUCUGAUAAAGCUGAGAUAUGCAGUUACUGUGGGGAAAAAGGCCAUGGUAUUAAAGCACCAUUUCGCACACGUCAGAAAAUGUGCCCAGCAUACAACCAUAUCUGCAAACACUGUGAACGCAGUCACCACUUCGACCACAUGUGUCGCAACAAGAACAAACCCAAGCUUGGUCCCCCAUCUUCAUCCAAUACCAAAACACAGUCAGUAACUAAUCAUGGGGAAUCUGCUUUUAUGGAGCAUAGCAAUGAGUCAUUUUAUACGCUAUGUACAAUAGGUGAAUUGGACCACGACCGAGCUGCAAAUGCCAUUGCAUUAGAUCACCACCUAUAUAAUCAGCUGAAUGACAAGUGGAUCAAAAGUAAAUCAAGACCUCAACCAUAUAUAUCAUUACAAGCCACUGUAUCCUCUCAAGAUUAUUCUGAUCUUGGCUUCAAUGUAGACCUUCCAACUACAUCUACGAUGCUCAAUGUAAUGGCUGACACUGGAUGUCAAAGCUGUCUUGCUGGUAUUAAAGCAAUCCAACCCCUUCAGUUAACUGAAAAGGAUCUCAUUCCAGUUAAAAUGAAAAUGCAUGCAGCAAAUAACAAAGGAAUUAACAUUCUGGGUGCUGUAAUAUUACGAUUCUCGGGUGAAGACAAGCUUGGAAAACACCACACAACGAGACAGAUCGUCUACAUCACAGACAAUUCAGACAGAAUAUUCCUCAGCAGAGAAGCAUGCGUUGACCUCGGUCUCAUUUCCAUUGACUUCCCUCAAGUUGGAGAUGCUUGUCAAACAGCCGGUGAUACAAAAAGAUAUGAAACAAAUGCCGAUUGUGAAUGCCCAAAACGCCAACCUCCGCCUUCACGUCCAACAUCUAUUCCUUAUCCAGCAACAGAAGAAAACCGUCAGCGGCUUCAGCAAUGGCUUAUUGACUAUUACAGAUCCAGCUCUUUUAACAUGUGUACCCACCAGCCACUCACAAUGAUGAAUGGAUCCCCUAUGAGACUAAUGGUGGACUCUGAAGCAGAACCCAAAGCAUACCAUACCCCUUUACCAGUACCACUACACUGGCAAGACCAAGUCAAGGCUGGCUUAGACCAAGAUGUGAAACUAGGUGUUAUUGAACCCGUUCCACUAGGAGAACCAGUUACAUGGUGCCAUAGGAUGGUCGUUUGUGCAAAGAAGAAUGGCAAACUUCGCAGAACUGUUGAUCUUCAAGCAUUAAAUGCCCAUGCUAAACGUGAAACACAUCAUACUCAAUCACCGUUUCAUCAAGCAAGAUCUGUUCCACAAGGUAAAAAGAAGACAGUCUUUGAUGCAUGGAACGGCUAUCACAGCGUCCCACUUCAUGAAGAUGACAGACAUCUCACCACAUUCAUAACACCAUGGGGGCGCUAUCGGUAUUGCGUUGCUCCUCAAGGAUAUAUCGCUUCUGGUGAUGCCUACACCCACCGUUAUGAUGAUAUUGUUUCCAACAUUCCCAGAAAAACUAAAUGUGUAGAUGAUACUCUACUAUGGGCAAAUUCUAUUGAAGAAAGCUUUUGGCAAGCUGUUGAAUGGUUGGAUAUAUGUGGAAAAAAUGGGAUAACUUUCAACAUUGAUAAAUUUGUAUUUGCUGCAGACCAGGUGGAUUUUGCUGGAUUCACAAUAACAAUGGACAGUGUAAAACCUUGUCCUAAAUACCUGCAGGCAAUUACAGAAUUCCCAACACCUAAAAACAUCACAGAUGAAUCCAAACAAGUAAUCAUCAAUGAAAUAGAAGAGGGUGUCAAGAUAUACGACAAGAACAAAACAACUUGCCUAGCCACAGAUUGGUCUAAAAGUGGAAUAGGAUUUUGGUUAUUCCAGAAACAUUGCAAUUGUAUAGUGGCAAAACCAUUUUGCUGCAAAACGGGAUGGAAAAUUGUCCUUGUAGGUAGUAGAUUCACACAUCCUGCUGAAUCCAGAUAUGCACCUGUGGAAGGGGAAGCACUAGCCGUGGCUUAUGCUUUAGACAAAGCAAGAUUCUUUGUUCUGGGAUGCACUGACCUAGUGAUAGCUGUUGACCAUAAGCCACUUCUCAAAAUCUUUGGAGACAGAUCCCUGGAUGCCAUAUCCAACACACGUCUCAGGAACCUCAAGGAACGUACUCUCCGUUACAGGUUCCGUAUCAUUCAUCUUCCAGGUGCUAAGCAGAAAGCCGCAGAUGCAAUAUCUCGUCACCCAACAGGGGAACAGCACCCACCCAAAAUGCAGCUUCAAGAUGAUAUUUCUAGUACUGCUGAAUCUUAUGACUUACCUUAUUCCGCUGACAUCUUUCACUCUUUCAUAGGAGGCAUCAAACUAAUGGAUGGUGUAAAUGAUUACACUGACAUUGAGGAAAAUUUGAUUGACUCUGCUAUUUAUGCCCUUGAUUCCACAAUUAAGUCAAUUACAUGGAACCAAGUUAGGCAGGCUACAGCAAGUGAUGAAAAUAUGAAUCAGCUACUGUCAAUCAUUGAGUCAGGAAUCCCCAAACACCGCCAUGAAUUGCCACCUCCAUUGCGUGAAUACCACCAAUUCAGGGAACACAUCUACAGUGUUGAUGGUGUUAUUAUUUACAAGGAUCGCAUUAUUAUACCACCAUGCCUUAGGGAACAAAUACUUUCUGCACUUCACGCUGCUCACCAAGGCAUCUCAUCCAUGAUAUCCAGAGCAGAGGCUUCUGUAUUCUGGCCAGGUAUAACUGCGGACAUCACUGCUGUGCGUGCAAAUUGUAACCAUUGUCACCAGAUUGCACCAUCACAACCUUCUGCGCCACCCUACAAUCCCAUACCACCAAAGUAUCCUUUCCAGUGCAUCUGUGCAGAUUUUUUCAUGUUUAAGGGUACUCACUACUUGGUCAUUGUUGACAGAUACUCCAACUGGCCAAUUGUAGAAUAUGCAUCUGGAGGAUCUAAAGGACUAAUAACUAGUCUACGCCGUGCAUUCUCUACUUAUGGGAUCCCAGAGGAAUUGGCUUCCGAUGGAGGCCCUGAAUUCACUUCUUCUGAAACACGCAAAUUCCUUGAAGAUUGGGGUGUACAUCACCGUUUAUCAUCUGUAGCAUUUCCCCACAGCAAUUGUCGCGCUGAAGUUGGUGUCAAAACAGUCAAACGAUUGCUUAUGAACAAUACAGGACCAAAUGGUGAGUUGGACACCAAUUCAGUGCAGCGUGCAAUAUUACAGUACCGUAAUACACCUGAUCCAGAUACAAAACUGUCCCCUGCAAUGUGUAUAUUUGGAAGGCCAAUAAGGGAUUUUAUUCCAAUACUACCAGGUCGAUACGAACCACAUCCUACAUGGAAGUCAACAUUAGCAGCACGUGAGGAAGCACUCCGUAACAGACAUAUGAGAUCCGCAGAUCACUGGAGUGAACACACUAGACGCCUACCACCACUUGCUAUUGGAGACCACGUUCGUAUUCAGAAUCAGACUGGUCCGCAUCCAAAUAAAUGGGACAAAACUGGCACUAUUACUGAAGUAAAACAGUUUGACCAGUACCUGGUGAAAGUUGAUGGAUCUGGACGUGUGACACUACGCAAUAGAAAAUUCUUAAGGAAAUUCAUUCCGUAUGUGUCAUCUCUACCUCGUCACUCUAUCAUUGAUGACCUAAAGCACAGAUUUUACAUACAACAGCCUACAGUCAACAAUGACACACCUACAUUCAGCAAAUUACCAGANCCCCUAACCCUAACCCUAACCCUAACCCUAACCCUAACCUUACAGUAUGAAUAUAUUUCUUAA